AUGCAAUAUAUUUAACAACUUGAUCUUUCACGCUAUAUUUCUGGUGGAGAAGCCUUAAAAACACCUUGUAAUCAGAAUAAACCAGAUAAAGUCAAACUUUGGGAAUAGGGGAAAUUAAGAUGUGUAUCAUAUUGUUUUCAGUUUACAGGAAAGAUGGCACGGGAAUAAAGAUUCAACAUGUUUUGUACUUAUUUCAGAUCCAAAUUACAUGUCCUUCAUUCUAAAUUAGCUUAUGAUAUGCAUUGUCGUAAUUUUAUAAAAGAGAUGCUUGAUACUACAAUUUCAAUCUUCUUACUAAUCGUACGAUAUGAGUGUGGAGAUGAUCUAUACUAAGAAAUGAGGACGUACUUCAAAAUCCUCAUGGAUGCUGUUGACUAUCUUGCUAAUCAUGAUUCUGUUGAACAAGUAACAGAAAUCAUUACUCCAGAGGACUUCCAUAAAAUUAUAUUCUAUCUAAAACUGCUCAAUUUAAUGCGAAACAUCAAACAACGUAAGAAGUUCCUAGAGAAUUAUCCACAUGCUGCUAUAAAAGCAAUUUAACAAUGCUAUCUCUAUAAUGUUAUUAUAAAUGGUCCAGUCAAACACAUAAAAUAUCGAUUUGCUGUAGCCAACCAAGAUUAUGCCAAAUAUGGAUUGCAAUUUAAUAUUUAGAGCUGCAACAAAGUAGUAAACAAAUAAAAAGCAGCCGAAAUCUGUUGGCAAACCUUGUAUGAUCUCAACAUUGCUGCUGUAAUCAAGGAGGGAAUAUGGGAUGAUUUAAAAAUGUAUUUAUGA